ACUACUAACUACUUUUUGGUUCUCACAUCGUUCUUUUUUUCACCGAACUCUUCCCAAUUCCACCACCACAGUCCACAGAUCUAAGUAAUAACCACCCUUACAACAUCAGGCCGCCGUGGCCGCCACCAAAUGUCAUCACAAAACCACCUACAAUUCCACUGGCACUUCAAAGAACUAAACGACAACGAUUUCGAAAACCACGGUCGUAGGCUCUUCUUCAUAACCAUCAUAACCAUCCUCUUUGCCAUAGUUGUUUGUUCUAAUCACACUUCUAAAUGUCGUCAAACGACUCCCAACAGUUCCAUUGGCACUUCACAGAACUAAACGACAAUGACUUCGAAAUCCAUGGUCGUACGCUCUUCUUCAUAAUCAUCCUCUUUGCCAUAGUAGUUCUACUUACUCUUCUAUUCCUUUAUGCCAGGUGGGUUUGCCGAUACCAAUACCACCACUUUCCGACCCGCCAUAGUUUGCACGCGCCCAACCCGCCUCUUUCUCGACCUCAGGGCCUUGACCCCACAAUUAUUAAAGCCUUGCCGAUAACUCUGCACCAAUCGUCAUCGUCAUCGUCGUCAUGCGAUUUGAAUUCAAGCAAUACUGGGUGUGAAGUAGAAACAGAGUGUUGUAUAUGUUUGGGAUUAUUUGAUGAUGGUGAUAAAGUUAAGGUUUUGCCUAACUGUAAGCAUUUUUUCCAUAGCGAGUGUGUCGAUCGGUGGCUUACUGCUCAGUCUAGCUGCCCUCUUUGUAGAGCUUCGCUUAGGAACGACUCAUCUUCUCUUGUGUCUGUGCUAAUAGAGUGAAUCACAGUAAUUUUUUUUUUUUUUUUGAAAUUUUAAUUAUCUCCGGUACUUGUUCAUGUAGAUUGUAAUAAGCAGUCUUGUAAUCAAUAAUUUCGGUUGUUGUAAUUUGAUCUUAUUUUAUUAGAUAAUUAAGGUUUCUGUUGUGAUU